UUUAUUCCUAUAUAGCAGCCAUGUUGCCCGCUUGGUUAUUACAUUGUGCAGUUUUUGGGUGUUUACUUGGCUAUUAUAAUGUCCUUGGUCAACUAAAAUACAGAAAAAAUCCGGCACCGGAUGGACACAGGUGCGGCAUCUGUCCUACGUACUACCGGAAAAUCUGCGCAUUCGACUUUACAACUAAUUUAACAUACAUAUUUGACAAUCACUGCGUAAUGGAUCUGUACAACUGUAUCCACGCUACUGAUUUCGAGCAAACCAAUUACGGGGCGUGCCUGUACUUCGGUAACUUUGCGUACGUGCACGGAUUAAAGUAUGAGGACCAGGACUACGACGAAGAUCACAUCAUGGUCAUCGGCGCCAAGAAAAACCCGGACUUCGCUUAAUAAAUCCUUUAUUCCAUC